GAAAAAAUAAAGUUACCAUACUACUCCGUUUUAUCUAGCAAAAUGUCCCAAACUGGCAGAAAACUGGACGCCUCUGUGCUCAAUAAAUACACAUAUCUGUUCGGAUUUUACGGUUUUGCUGCGUCAGCCAUACAAAAUGCCUUAUUAAGAAGACCGGUUCUUUCUGGAAUACACAGACACCUCCUGUUUACCUUAGUUGGAGCUGGAAUUGGAACAUUUGCUGGCGUUGUAGAAAAGGAGAGAUACGGAAAGCGUGACUUUUACAUCGAUGAUUACAUCAAGAGGAACCCUGAUGACUUUGUAAAAGGACCUCCAAAGAAAAUGAGCGAGGAGUUCGAACUAUGGGUGCCAAUCAACAAGUAAAUGCAGCCCCCCCCCCCCCUCCGAAGGGGGUUCCCUUCGAAUUUAUGGCUUCACUGAUAGAGUUUGGGGUUUAUUUAAUAUCAGCACAUCAAGUGACUGUCUCCGUUUGCUUUGUGGAAGUUAACCCAACCUGGAUGUUCAAUUUCACCUAGUCACCAAUUUCAACUUGGUCACCUGGUCACCGAGUUCAGACUGAUAGGCCUACAUCCAUAUUAUGAAAAUCUUCCUGUAACUUUUGUUGGUGACCCCCUUGCAUGCGCCACCAUGUCUGAGGACAGACAAUGAAGCCACGUCUCCAAAUGUGAAAUUUGCUUUCUUUAAAUGUAAUAUAAGCCUGUAGACACUAGGGACAUUCUAGCGUACCUCUGGCUAACACCCUGUUAAACACAUACAUGUAAUUGACCCUUUCAUUGAUGUAACACACAGCCGCAGUCUGUCUUUGGUCUGCCAUUUUGGGAGUAAAAUUGCAUUUAAAGAUCCCACUGGACAUAACAUAGUACCUUGUAUGUACCCUGCAAAGAAUCAUACUGGGAUUCUGACAUCUAAAAUUACACAACUAAGAUUUAUUGUAGGCGAUGUUUGAAUGAUAGUAUCAUGUGGUUUGGGUCAACCAAGGCGUCUGCUGCUAUCCACACUGGCGAGGGCGCUGUACAAACUUCUGACGUUACAUGUACAUGUACAUACAAGGGGUCUCUGGGCAUAAACUUCACAGUCUAAAACCGUGUUGAAUCAAGCAUCUGUGGCUAUGGCUUUGGCUUCAGCUUGACAGCAUAAAAACAAAAUCUUAUGCACUGAGAUGGAUGUCUGAAUUGGCAGAUACAGCUAUGGCAGUUGCUAUGGGUGUUGCUAAGGAUGUCCUAUACUUCAAUGCUUGAUGGCUAAGCCGUAGCUGUAGCCGCUAAUUCAGACACGACCUGGAUGCCUUAUAUUUGGUUACAGACCUUAUGCACAUUAAGUCAUAUCAGUAGAGUGCCCUCACCUAGAGGUCAAAAAACGUCCGUUCAUUGGCCAAACAUGUGCGCAGCACAUACAAAUCUCUGGGUUUUGAUUGUUUCGUCAUCGUUUUAUCUCUAAGAUGGCGGCUGGAUGGCGUCAAUUCAUAAGGUCUGUUAUUAUUGGACCGCGAAUAAAAGAAAUUAGAUCAUUAGAAACUAUUGUGGAAGGAUUCUUAAAGGAUCAGCCAUCUUGUUUUUCUGCCAAUCAAAUCAAUACAACCAAACUGAGGCUGGAAGGGAAAAUAGUCUGGCCCCAUUAUCUGUCAUUCAUAAGAAUAAUUAAUGAUUGCACAGGGAACAUGACCAACAUGGUGGUGGCGAAGGACUGUUGCAUGAUAUAGCAUCACCAACGCCCACUAUUCUAUAAAUACAACCUCAAACCAUGCUUGCCCAAGUUUUCAAAAAGUUUGGGUAGUGAUUAAUCAGCUAGGUAGAUUGAUUUUGAUGGAUAGAUUUGUUGCAAGACCUCAGCACAAAACAGCAAUGGUAUUAAUAGCACUUAUUUUGCUUUUAGUAUACAAUUAAGAUUGAUAACAAAGACACUGCACAAACAUUGAGUGUUUUUAAGUGGUGUAGUAAGAAUACAAAAUAUUCUAAAAAUGAAAUCCGGACUGUUUCAUCUUACAAGAUGUAUUACACAGGUGCCUUGAGUUCGAAUAAAAAACGCUGAAAAACAAAUCAGAAAGACAGUCUAGUUCGGAUGACUAUUUGGCUACCCAAGACAAAAACAGAAAGAGUAAACAGCGUAGAAGACUUUUAGAGUGCAAAGUGACAGUGGGUUGACACCUUAAGAGUCUUUGAUAGAAAAAACAAAUCCAAGGGAGUACGGGGGGACAGUCACUGCAACCCAAAACAACCUUUUGCAAGAUGAGAUUUUCUCUCUGGAUAACGCAAUCCACCCUGGGUGGAGAUGUAACAGAGUUUAUUAAAUUAAGUCCACUCCAAGAUUCCAACUCGUAAAUUGGUCACAGUUUUAAAUUGGUGUCAUUCACUCCUACUUGGUGACGCACGGACAAUUCACACUUUAAAUAAAACGGCUGUUUCGUGUUGCUGAACAGUCAACUUACUUUUAGGUGUUUUUAUUUUUUUAUUUUUAGAUCGACUUCCCAAAGUUCAUUCUUUGCAUGUGUUCUAAAUUUAAUUUGAAAACAAGUGUUUGCUUUGUAGACUUCUGCCCUCAGAAAAAUCAUCAAAGUUUAAAACGAGUCUCUACCAUGUACAUGUAGGUCAGCCCUUGUAAUUGUGCCAACCUCUUCCCCAGUGCUAAACAUCAUGCCUAGUUAUAUUAUAAACCCUCAAGAGACCACUAAUUCCUGUCAGUUUUGUAUUUAUAACACUAUGCCCACACAUCGUUGAUAUAUUUUUGUGUUCGUUUUGGGGUUUGUUUUUUUCUGUAACAAUUUCAUCAAAAAGAACAUCAAAUUCUAAGAAAUUGAACAAUUUGAAAAAUUUAUUUAUGGACAUGACGUUUAUUUUACCUCUUUGGGUGACUGGAAGUAGGUCAAAUCUGUCAGAUGCUUGUGGCUGCUAUUGGCAUUUUGAGUUUAAAAUACAACAAAGUUACAACAAAUACAAUCUUGUUUCAACCUUGUUUCAACCUAAGGAACUCUUCUAAUGAGACAUGAUUUUGUAAAAUAAUCUGUAACAAAAUGUAUCAAAAGUUUAAACCAUUUUAUGCUGUCAAUUAACCCCAAAUUCUUUUGUCAUUUGAGUGGACGUUGAGUGAAUGCAAUUAAGUUAAAGUUUGUAAAUAAAAGAGAAUGGAUUGAUUACAGUUUA